CGACAAACCCCCUGAACAAGGACCUGGACUGGGACGGUAUCAACGCUUUCUGUGAGCAGCUCAAUAAGGAGCUAGAGGGUCCUCCACUUGCUACCCGACUUCUUGCCCACAAGAUCCAGUCUCCACAGGAAUGGGAAGCUAUCCAGGCCCUCACGGUGCUGGAGUCCUGCAUGAAGAGCUGUGGCAAGCGCUUCCACGACGAGGUGGGCAAGUUCCGCUUCCUCAAUGAGCUCAUCAAAGUGGUGUCACCCAAGUAUCUUGGCAGCCGGACACCAGAAAAAGUGAAGUCCAAGAUCCUGGAGCUGAUGUACAGCUGGACAUUAGGGCUGCCUCACGAGGUGAAGAUCUCCGAAGCCUACCAGAUGCUGAAGAAGCAAGGGAUUGUGAAAUGUGACCCAAAACUGCCCGAUGAUGCUCUGUUUCCACCGCCCCCCCCUCGGCCCAAGAACAUCAUCUUUGAUGAUGAAGAGAAAUCCAAGAUCCUGGCUCGUCUCCUGAAAAGUUCCCAUCCUGAGGACCUCCGGGCUGCCAACAAGCUCAUCAAGGAGAUGGUUCAGGAGGACCAGAAACGCAUGGAGAAGAUCUCCAAGAGGGUUAAUGCGAUUGAGGAAGUGAACAACAAUGUGAAGCUUCUGACAGAGAUGGUGACAAACUACAGCAGGGGUGAGACAACAGAGAGCAAUGAGGACCUGAUGAAGGAGCUGUACCAGCGCUGCGAGCGCAUGAGGCCCAUGCUUUUCCGGCUCGCCAGUGACACCGAAGACAAUGAUGAAGCUCUGGCUGAGAUCCUGCAAGCCAAUGACAAUCUGACACAGGUGAUUAAUCUCUACAAGCAGCUUGUGCGGGGAGAAGAAAUCAAUGGGGAGACAGUGGCUGGUCCCCUUCGAGGCAGUACCUCAGCGCUCCUGGAUCUUUCAGGCCUGGAUCUUCCAGCAACAGGCCCUUCCUACCCAGCCUUGCCCACCCUUUCAGGUGGCUCAGCAGUCCCCCUGCCUGACCAAGCUGCCUCUGUCUCCUUGCUGGAUGAUGAACUCAUGUCUUUAGGCCUGAAUGACCCAGCACCACAUCCUGCCCAGGCUGGUGAUAGCAGUGGCUGGAACAGCUUCCAGUCCUCAGACAGCAAUGAGCUCAGUAUCACCGCUGUCACGGCAAUACCACCGGUCAAAGCAGAUGCUGGUGCAUCCUCCCCCAAACCUCCUCCCACCAGUGGCCUGGAUGACCUGGACCUCCUGGGCAAGACUCUGCUGCAACAGUCUUUGCCUCCAGAGUCUCAACAAAUGCGAUGGGAGAAGCAGCAGCCACCCCCCCGGCUCACUCUGAGGGAUCUACAGAACAGGAGCAGCUCUCCACCUGCCCCUGCCACGCUUCCAAAAGCUGCCACGUCACCAGUGGGAAGUGCUGCAGUCCCACCACGGCCUCCUGCCACCACGCUGCCCCAGGAGCUCUCGCUGGCCAACAUCACUGUGCCUCUGGAGUCAAUCAAACCCAGUAGCAUCCUUCCUGUGACAGUGUAUGAUCAGCACGGCUUCCGUGUCCUCUUCCACUUUGCUAAGGAUGCCCUGCCCGAGAGGCCCGACGUGCUGGUGGUGGUGAUUUCUAUGCUCAGCACAGCCCCACAGCCCAUCCGCAACAUUGUCUUUCAGUCUGCCGUCCCCAAGGUGAUGAAGGUGAAGCUACAGCCUCCCUCAGGCACGGAGCUGCCAGCAUUCAACCCCAUUGUCCACCCCAGUGCCAUCACACAAGUCCUGCUGCUCGCUAACCCACAGAAGGAGAAAGUGAGGCUACGAUACAAGCUGACAUUCACCAUGGGAGAGCAAACCUACAAUGAAAUGGGGGAUGUGGACCAGUUCCCUCCACCAGAGUCCUGGGGAAACCUCUAG